UCUUGCACAGAGAGAGAGAGAGAGAGAGAGAGAGGCAUGGCUGACGAAAGCUCCUUCGACGAUGUCAAGGAAGAAUCAUCGGGAAAAUCCGAAAGCUGUUUGGUAGAAAAGAAAAAGAAGCAGUUACUGGAAGAACUCGAAGCCAUGAUAUCAACACCAAUAACACCUGGAAAUGAGCCGAGAAGAACUGAUUGUGAAGAAGUCAAUGAAACCUUACAGAAGAAAGUAAAGGUGGAGUAUUCGAGGGAGGAGAUGGAGGCGUUGAGGUUUGCGAACAUGGCAGAACAGAGGAGGAUAUGGAAGAAUGUCUGCAAUGGCCUCGCUCCUCUCGCCAAGAAGGAAUACGACGGCUUGGCUGCGGCGGCGGCGGCGGGAGGUUCUAAGCGUAAUAAGAAGGACGGAAACAAACAGCGCUCUGGAAAUGGUGGAAAGAAGCAAGUUUCCACUCCGCUUCUUGGGGAAGCAUGUUCGGAACUCAUAGACAACGGGUUAUCGGACAGGGUGAAAAGUGGGGCCGACGAUGCCGGCCCUUUUGAUGCCGCUUGCCGUGGUUAUAACAUAGGAGAUGAAGACAAGUAUGAAGCUCUGGAAGAAGAGUACAGUGAGGAGGAGGAUGAUAGUGAUGAGGAAUAUGCUAGCAUUCAGAGACCUGCCUUUGUGGUUGAGGGAGAACCCAACUUUGAAUCUGGCCCUCCAGAAGAUGGACUUGAAUAUCUUAGGCGCGUGAGGUGGGAGGCAGCUCAAAUUCCAAAAAUCAGGGUAGCCAAGCUUCAUAGAAGUAAAUUAAAGAAAGAGCAGAGUGAAUAUAUGCCCAAGAUUCCUGAGAUUGCCAAGUGCCCAGAACACUUAUUGCCCGCAAAGCAGUGGGAGGAUGCUUUUCUUGCUGAAUUUUCACAGCUAAGGCUGGCUCUGUCUUGUCUUGAGAUCUCCAGCAUAAAAAAUUCUGGCGACCCGCUAUCAGAAGUUGUUCUUCCUGAGAAAAGCUAUUCCCAUCAGUCCUCUUGGAGCAUAAAUGUUGAGAGUUCCCCUGAAGAAAUCAAAACCAAAGUCCAUCCUGACCAGUCUUACGAUUGUUCUGGUUCUGAAAAUGAAAAUGACCAGUUAUCUUGCUUAUCCACCGAUGAAGACAGUGGUAUCUUACCUUCACCUGAUAAAUUGCUACCUAAAUCAUCUGUGACCGAAGAUUACACCAACUAUCCUCUCUUGUCCGCGAUACUAAAAAUGGAUUCAGUAUCUCGAGUGUCGAUGCUGAAGAAACGGAUAAGCUCCUUCGUUGGUACAAACACCUUGUCGAGGAACGACUGCUUGUGGCUGUUUGCGCUUUGUGCAGUAGUCGACACCCCAUUAGAUGCAGACACUUGUGCUUCGCUUCGAAGUUUACUACGGAAGAGCGCUAGUUUUCUAGCUGGAAAAUCUGAGCUUGACGAUGAGGUUGUCAUGCUGAAUAUUCUUGCCACAAUUUCAGGCCGAUACUUUGGGCAGUUAGAGAGUUGAAUCCCAAUUUCAUGUAUGUAUUUCUCUUUUAAAGGCAUAGAAAAUGGUUCUUCUUCUAAGAGAUCAUGCUAUUUGUAGAGCUUCAUGUUACUUUAUCCACUUUCAGCAUUUAACAGUUUGAAUGGGGAUACUAUACGGUGCUUGAAGUAGAGUUUUGGAGGCAAAAUAGAUUAAAAAAGAAGAGCGAAAAUUUUCUUCU